AUGGCUGAGCUUACUGAGCCAGAAGGACGGGUAGAUUGGAAGGAACGAUGCGUAGCUCUGGAAUCUCAGCUCAUGAAAUUUAGAGUUCAAGCAAGCAAGAUAAGAGAGCUCUUAGCAGAGAAGAUGCAGCAGCUUGAGAGACAAGUUAUUGAUGCUGAACGUCAGGCAGAAAAAGCUUUUCAACAGGUACAAGUUAUGGAAGAGAAAUUAAAAGCAGCUAACAUUCAAACCAGUGAAUCAGAAAUGAGGUUAUAUAAAAAAUGUCAAGAUCUGGAGUCUCUCAUACAGGAAAAAGAUGACAUCAUUCAGAGGUUGGAACUGCAACUUCAAGAGCAGAAACAAAUAAGAAUACAGGAAGCUAAAAUAAUAGAAGAGAAAGCAGCUAAGAUCAAAGAAUGGAUAACUAUAAAAUUGAAUGAGCUAGAAUUGGAAAAUCAGAGUCUUCGUUUGAUCAACCAAAAGCAAACUGAAGAGAUAAGAACAAUACAGUCAAAAUUACAAGAAGUUCAAGGGAAGAAGUUGUCUGCUGUUUCUACACCAAAGCUUUCAGAAGGGCAGCGCCUGAGCAGUUUGACAUUUGGGUGCUUUUCAUCUCGAGCAAGAAGUCCUUCUCAAAUCAUAAAAUAUGAGGAAAUAAGCAAAUUAUCACCUAAAGAACCUGAAUUCACCAAAGGAAAAGACAUAGAAGAAGUGGAAGUUCCAGACAAGAGUGCUGCUGAUAACCAAGUUCAAGAAAGUGACAGAGGCCCAAGAAUAUUGCAUCAGGCCCCUUGCAGCUCAGAACAAAAUCAGAAAACAAGAACCAGCUGUGCAACAGAUAGUGGCACAACCCAGAAUUCUGGGGCUCCCGUGAGUGACUGGAGUUCUGAUGAGGAAGAUGGGAGCAAAGAAAGACCUAAGUCCAGGUGCACAUCCACGCUCUCCAGCCACACAUCAGAGGAAGGUGUGCAGUGUGGCAGGCUGGGGAGCGAAGCGUAUCUGACAGCAUCUGAUGAUAGCAGCUCUAUAUUUGAGGAAGAAACUUCUGGCAUAAAGAGGUCAGAACACAAGAAGCUGUAUUGUUGGCAACAGGAGGCCCAAUGGAAAGCUCAGAAUAGUCUUCUUGGAAAGGGAAGUUCUGAAUCAAAUAAGGAGCAUGACAGUUCCUCAGACGAACUGAAUAAAAGAUUCCAGUCCCAGAGACUGGAUUAUUCAUCCUCAUCAAGUGAGGCCAACACCCCAAGCCCUAUUUUGACUCCUGCGUUAGCUCCAAAGCACCCUAACUUGCUCCCUGGAAAAGCAACAUCAUUGGUGCCUCCAUCACACCUGCCACCCCCAAAGUUAAGGAUUCCUAAUGUUUUCAGUAUAAGUGUAGCACUUGCCAAAAGGCACUUAAGCCAGCCACAGUUAAGUUCUGACAGGAUGUUUGGUACGAACAGAAAUGCUAUAAGCAUGAUACGACCAUUGAGACCUCAGGAAACAGAUCUAGAUCUAGUUGAUGGUGACAGUGAAAUUUUAGAGAAUAUGGACACAAGUUGUGAUGAUGGAUUAUUUUCCUAUGACUCCCUGGAAUCUCCAUAUUCAGAUGACCAGGAAACCUGUGACUCAGCAGAGAAGGCAGCAAGCAGCAAACCCCCCACUCCUCCCCUGCACCGGUUUCCAUCUUGGGAAGGCAGAAUUUAUGCUGUAGCCAAAUCAGGCAUUCGAAUGUCUGAGGCCUUCAAUAUGGAGAAUGUUAACAAAAAUUCUGCUACCAUGCUUUCCUAUACCACAUCCGGACUUUAUACAUCUCUGAUAUACAAGAAUUUGACCACCCCAGUGUACACAACGUUAAAAGGGAAAGCGACCCAAAUAAGUAGCAGCCCUUUCCAGGACGACUCCUCCGGCUCAGAAGAUGAGGACAGUUCCAGGUGCAGCUCACGGACGUCGGAGUCAGACCCGCGCAGCCGCAGUGGGCCUGGCAGCCCCAGGGCCCUGAAGCGAGGUGUGUCUUUGACCUCUGUGGCCUCUGAGAGUGACUAUGCUAUACCCCCUGAUGCCUACUGCACAGACACAGAGUGUUCGCAGCCUGAGCAGAAGCUCCCCAAAACCUGCUCCUCAACCAGCGAUAAUGGAAAAAAUGAACCACUGGAAAAAUCUGGCUAUCUACUAAAAAUGAGUGGUAAAGUCAAGACUUGGAAACGGAGGUGGUUUGUUCUUAAAGGAGGUGAAUUACUUUACUACAAAUCUCCGAGUGAUGUAAUUAGAAAGCCCCAAGGCCAUAUUGAACUUAGUGCAUCCUGCAGUAUUUUAAGAGGAGUUAACAAACAAACAGUUCAGCUGACUACUGAAAAACACACAUACUAUCUGACUGCAGAUUCUCCCAAUAUAUUGGAAGAAUGGAUUAAAGUGUUGCAGAAUGUUCUUCGUGUACAAGCUGCUAACCCACUUUUCCUGCAGCCUGAGGGCAAACCAACAGUGAAGGGAUUGCUCACUAAGGUGAAACAUGGGUACUCCAAGAGAGUCUGGUGUGCACUCAUAGGAAAGACGUUGUAUUAUUUUCGUAGUCAAGAAGAUAAGUUUCCCUUAGGUCAGAUCAAACUGUGGGAAGCUAAAGUUGAAGAGGUGGACAGGUCCUGUGAUUCAGAUGAAGAUUAUGAAGCCAGUGGACGCAGUCUGUUAUCCACUCAUUACACUAUCGUUGUUCACCCCAAAGACCAAGGUCCGACUUACCUGCUAAUUGGAUCCAAGCAUGAAAAGGACACUUGGCUUUAUCACCUGACUGUUGCAGCCGGAAGUAACAACAUAAAUGUUGGAUCAGAAUUUGAACAACUCGUGUGUAAAUUACUAAAUAUAGAAGGGGAAACGUCCUCCCAGAUAUGGAGACACCCCACUUUGUGUCACAGCAAAGAAGGAAUCCUUUCCCCUCUGACAACACUGCCUUCUGAAGCUCUGCAGACAGAGGCUAUAAAGUUAUUUAAGACCUGCCAGCUUUUUAUAAACGCUGCAGUUGAUUCCCCUGCAAUCGAUUACCACAUAUCUCUAGCCCAGAGCGCUUUGCAGAUCUGUCUGACACAUCCUGAGCUACAGAAUGAAAUUUGCUGUCAGCUUAUUAAACAGACAAGACGAAGACAGCCACAGAAUCAACCAGGACCAUUGCAGGGCUGGCAGCUCUUGGCGCUCUGUGUUGGGCUCUUCCUUCCCCAUCAUCCUUUCCUGUGGCUCCUCAGGCUCCAUCUAAAGAGGAAUGCAGAUUCCAGGACAGAAUUUGGAAAAUAUGCCAUUUACUGCCAGCGAUGUGUAGAAAGAACACAACAGAACGGAGAUCGAGUAGCAAGGCCCUCAAGAAUGGAAAUUCUUUCCACCCUUCUUCGAAACCCUUAUCAUCAUUCUCUGCCCUUCAGUAUACCAGUGCACUUCAUGAAUGGGCUCUACCAGGUUGUUGGGUUUGAUGCGUCCACUACAGUGGAAGAGUUUCUGAAUACUCUGAACCAGGACACAGGAAUGAGAAAACCAGCACUGUCUGGAUUCGCACUGUUUACUGAUGACCCUUCUGGCAGAGACCUAGAGCACUGUCUUCAAGGGAACAUCAAGAUUUGUGACAUUAUUUCCAAAUGGGAACAGGCAUCCAAAGAACAGCAGCCUGGGAAAUGUGAAGGUACAAGAACUGUUCGUCUGACUUAUAAAAACAGACUGUAUUUCUCAAUGCAAACUUAUGGAGAGACUGAUAGAGAAAAGUUGCUGUUAAUGUAUCAGACAAAUGAGCAAAUAAUAAAUGGCCUUUUUCCUCUGAACAAGGACCUGGCAUUAGAAAUGGCAGCUCUCUUAGCUCAGGUGGAGAUUGGAGAUUUUGAAAGACCUUUCUCAUCUCCAGCAGGGCAUGUUACCAACCAGUGCAAAGCAAAUCAAACUCUAAAACAAGUCAUAGAAAAAUUUUAUCCUAAAAGGUAUAGAGACAGUUGUACUGAGGAACAGUUAAGGCAGCUUUACCAGCGACUGUCAACCAGAUGGAUGGCCCUCCGGGGACGCAGUGCUGCUGACUGUGUGCGCAUUUAUUUGACAGUAGCCCGGAAAUGGCCAUUCUUUGGUGCCAAGCUGUUUUUUGCAAAACCCAUAACUCCAUCAUCUCUUGGAAAUACUGUCAUGUGGCUGGCUAUCAAUGAGAAUGGUUUAAGCUUCUUAGAAUUCAACUCCAUGAGGUUAUUAGUCAGCUAUGCAUACAAAAGUCUAAUGACCUUUGGAGGUUAUCAAGAUGAUUUUAUGGUAGUCAUUAACAAUUCACAUUCAAAAGACAAACCAACAGAGAAAUUACUUUUUGCCAUGGCAAAACCCAAGAUUCUUGAAAUCACUCUUUUGAUUGCCAGUUACAUCAACAACUUUCAACAACAAAAGGCAGCGUUUCACCACCUCUCUGCUCCAGCACUGCUUUCCAUCAAGGCCCAGGGACCCCAAGCCAGGGUAACUGGAAGCCAGCCCCUGCUGUUAAGCAGCAGACCCACCAAAGGCCCCACCUUACUCUGAAAGCCCAGGAGCCUGGACAUCACUCUCUGUCCCCUGUAGUGGCUGCAUCAGCUGUGGCACGAUGGUUGACAGUCACACAGCACCACAUGCCAGUGUUCUAGACUUUAGCAAUUACCGGGGUUGCUACCUCUUAUGUGAUUCUUAAAUAGUCAAGCGACAGUAGAACAAACACAAAGUUUGCCAACGUCCUCAUUUUCUCUUAGAUUAAAUAGGUUAAAAUUUGUCAUUUUCCCCAUCUCCCUUCUCUCUAGCCAUCAGAAACAUCAGUGAAAGAUGGCUUUUUUUCUUUUAAAUAUUCUGACAAUCUUAAGAAAAGGAGAUUCCAAGCACUUAUUUGUUAACCAGUUGGUUAUUUGGAAAAGCUCACUGCCAAAAAUAUAAGUACUGUAAUUAAAUGUACUUUUAAUUAAUGAGAGUGUUUGGGAAAGAGUGGGAUGGAUACACAGUGAGAGAAACCGCUGUGCAGUGGUGUGUUGGGGAAAAUUUUUAGAGCAAGAGCUCUAUGAAUCAUUAUGUAAGAAAACAGGAGUUUAGCAACCACAGCCUCCUCUGUGGUGUUAGAAAGUAUACCUGCUACCUUUGCAGAUCACUGGGGUGGAAAGUUUAAAACGAGACAGUGACUCCUGACACUCCUCCUGUAACAAAUUCACUGGAAUAUUGCCCAGUUUUCAUUGUGUUGGAUGCUAGGUCGUCUUGACCUUGUUUUGUUAAAUAACAAUGUCUUUGAAAACAAAGAUGGUCCUUUAUAGUGUUGCCCCUCAAACAGUUCUUUCUUUAGCUUGAAAAUAAAUGCCCCCCAAAAAAAUGUUUCAAAAGAAAAUAAUUCUUCUGUCAAAGGAGGUAAAAUUUUAAUUGGAAGAGUAUUUAAAUGUAUUACUACACCCAGUCAUAUAAAUGGCCAGUGCACCCCAGUAUGUGUCAAAACAGUACCAUUAGUAUUCAUGAUAAAAAUUGAAACUGUGAUAAAAUAUGAAAAUUCUAUAAUAGAAAUGUUUAACUGUAAUAGUAAUCAUGAGUAUGAUUAACUUUAUUUAUGUGUAGAAUGUUUGUAUUUAUUUUUUGGACAUAUUUAUCACUUUUUGUGUCAUAUUUUUUAAACAGUUAAAAAAACGUUAGCUGCUGAAUUAAUUUUUUGGCAGGGCCUCCAUAUUUUCCUCUUUGCUGCUUUCUCCCUAUGGCAAUGUACUGUUUUCACAGCCUUUCAAAAUGUUCUAUCCUAGAACAAAGACAAGAGCCAAGAAAUAUGGUGUUCAAGUAAUAUCGUGCCUUAUAAUUAAUCAAAAAAGGUUUUUAAGGGCCAGGGAUUUAGCUCAGUGGUUUUGGCACCUGCCUUGCAAACACAAGAUUCCAAGUUCGAUCCCUGGUACCAGAAAAAUAAAUUGUUUUUUAAAGACCCAUAGAAAUAAAUUUCCAUUAACUGUUUCCCACUGCAUCUUUUGAGCCACAACCACUCAUGAGUAAGUAAGUUAGUUCUUUAGAAUAAGCUGAUUACCAAUUUGGGAUGAUUCUCCAGAGUCUUUUGGCUGGGAUACAGUAGUGUUUCUGGGCUCCCAGAAAACCAUUUACUGAUCAAUAGCUGGUGAGCCAGAGGCUUUGGCAGAUUACUUAUGUUCAGAACUUUGUCCUCAGGUGGUAAGCUCCCAUCUGCCAUCUGGUAAGUUCCCACCCACCCCAAGUCUUCUAAUUUAAGAAUGAGCAGUGAAGGCUUAAGUUAAACUGCAGUAUCUUAGACUUGACAUUUAUUUUUGAUAGAGCAGAGAUAAAAUAUUUUGAUGGAAACAAAUCAAUUUUCUGUAUCUAAUGAUGUGAAAAUUUUAUUUUCUGGGAAAUUACUUAUAUAGGCA